AUGCAGGUCUGCUCCAACUUCAAGAGGUUCCGCGCCUCGCUUCAGGAGCUUUUGGGAAUCAAGCGGAGGAAGCAAGUCCGGGGUCAAGAUAUUUCGGCUCCUUACAACUUCAAAAAAGAAACCACUGUUAUCCCCGGUAUCACAGAGGAACAACUAGAAGGUCUUCGCGACAAAGCCGCCGCCGCCCAUCUCAACCCCCUACGCCAACACUCGCCCACCUCUGCCCGAUCUCGCCGCGGUGUCGACCGUAACAAGAACAAGCACAGCAACAACAACAACAAAACCACCAAGAGCCACAACCAACUUCGUUCCUCCAGCUUAGCCAACCUCCCCAUCUUGGACUCAACCACCUCUGCCCCCUCAACCUCCGCCAACAAAAAACAACUACUCGCCUCCAAAUCAUGUCUCUCCCUUAGCGCUCUCCCCUCCUUUCACGGACAAGGACAGGGACAUCCGCAACCACAACCACCCCGCAAGUUCUCAGUCCCCAGCUCCGCUUCCUCACCCACCGUCUCGCAUGGAUCUACAUCAGGAGGACACGGACAUGGAUCACUCGGUUUCGAUCUGGGACUCGGCGGAGGAGAGAUGGGAACGGGACUGAGGCCUCCUAGUCCCUGUUUGAGUUUGCCUACGAGGAUUGGGAUGGGAAUCAAUAGCGCGGCUAGCGCCAGUCCGGUUACUCCGACGUCACCACUGGGAUCGGGAAGUUUGGUGGCAGCCGGAGGAGGAGGAGGAGGAGGAGGAGGAGGGGAGUCCUCGCAGCAGCAGAGUGUGAGGGCGCAGAGGAGUAGGGCUUCCAUCAAUCAGCAGCAAAGGAACGGAAGCGGAAGCGGAAGUGGGAGUGGCAGUGGAAGUGGAGGAAGUGGGACAACGACGCCCAAGUCGCCUUCUCCGGUGUCGGUCUUGGUUAUUGGUACAGAAGCUAUUAGUCUCAGUCCUGUUAGCCUUGUUCAUCAACAGCAACAGCAACAGCAACAGCAAGCAAAACUACAACUAAACACUUCUCCUUCCUCGACUACGAAUUCGACAACAGCCACCGAAACCUACGUAUCCGCCCCUGCUUCAGCUACUUCGGAGAUAUCCGCAGUGUCUGCUGCCGCGUCGGCAAUGGGGGGAACCGCAUAUCUCCUGGAUUCUUCUUUUGUUCUUGGAAGCCCGAUUAGUCCCAUCAGCCCUAUUAGUCCCGUUAGUCCAUUGAGUUUGGAUGAUGAUGAUGAUGAUGAUUAUGGCAAAGGGGAUGGUGGGAAUAUGAACAUGAUAAAGAAGAGGACGGGAAGUGUAAGGGUAGGAACGGGAACAGGAAUAGGAACAGGGACGAUGUCGUUCUAG